AUGGCACCAACAUUAAAGAAUCCAGAAUUAUUCCGCACAAAACCAUUCGUCAACGGUAAAUGGAUCGAUUCCACCUCCACCAAAACCUUCCAAGUAAUCGAUCCAGCUACCGAAGAACUUAUCGCCGAACUCCCCGAUCAAUCCCCAGCUGAAAUCGACGAAGCAAUCAAGAUCACCCAUGAAGCCUUCCUUAAAUAUAAACACACCUCCCCAUAUGAUCGUGCUAAAUGGUUAAGAAAAAUGUAUGAAUUAAUGCAUGAAAAUCUCGACGAUUUAGCCACCUUAAUCACCUGGGAAAAUGGGAAAUGUUUAACCGACGCCAUUGGAGAAAUCAAAUAUGCCGCCAGUUAUUUCGAAUGGUUUGCAGAAGAAGCUAAGAGAAUGUAUGGUCAUACUAUCCAACCGCUGAAUCCUAACAAUAAGGUCAUAACUUACAAACAACCAGUUGGGGCAGUGGGAUUAUUAUGUCCAUUUAAUUUCCCAAGUGCUAUGGGUGCUAGAAAGGCUGCACCUGCGUUUGCGGCAGGAUGUAGUUGUAUUCUUAAACCUGAUGCUCAGACUCCGUUGAGUUCUUUGGCUUUGGCUUAUUUGGCCCAGAAGGCGGGAUUCCCGGAUGGGGUGUUUAAUGUUGUAUUACUGAGUAUUGAAUCUACUCCUAUGGUGGGGUUGAAAUUUUGUGAAUCUAGUUUGAUCAAGAAGAUUAGUUUUACUGGUUCGACCCCCGUGGGGAAGUUGUUGAUGAAACAAAGUUCAAGUACUUUGAAAAAACUUUCUAUGGAAUUAGGUGGGAAUGCUCCAAUUAUUAUUUUUGAUGAUGCGAAAUUGGACAUUGCCGUUGAUCAAUCAAUUGCUUCUAAGUUUAGAUCAUUGGGACAAACUUGUGUUUGUGCAAAUAGAAUCUAUGUCCAACUGGGGGUAUAUGAUGAAUUUUGUGAAAAGUUUGCUGCCAAAGUACGUGAAUUUAAGAUUGGGAAUGGAUUUGAACCAGGGGUAACUCAUGCUUGUGUUAUUAAUCAAAAAUCAAUUGAAAAAGUUGAAACUCAUUUACAGGAUGCCUUAGAAAAAGGUGCUACCUUAUUGGUUGAAGGUGGGAGAUUACCAAAAUUGGGUAAGAAUUUCUAUGCUCCAACUGUUAUUAAAGAUGUAACUCAAGACAUGAAAGUUAUUAAUGAAGAAACGUUUGGUCCAUUAGGUGCAAUCGUUAAAUUCGAUACCAAGGAACAAGUAUUACAUUGGUGUAAUGAUACUCCAUUCGGUUUAGCUUCUUAUGUCUUUUCUGAAAAUUUGAAUAAUAUUUGGUAUAUAUCUGAAUAUUUAGAAACUGGUAUGGUUUCUGUUAAUACUGGAUUAUUUACUGAUGCUGCAUUACCUUUUGGUGGUGUUAAGGAAUCUGGAUUUGGUAGAGAAGGUUCCCUUUAUGGUGUGGAUGAUUAUACUGUUGUCAAAUCAAUUACUUUGGGUAAUGUUUACCACUAUAGUUAG